CCAACAGAUAAUUUACAGAGGAAGAAAAUCUGCAAUGGCCAGCCACAACGGUUUGAUCACGGCCGUGGAUUUGAGAAGCCGAGAGAACAACUAUUUUCACGGCACCAGGGAGAUCGAUCGUCAGCGCUUGAUCGUCCGCAGGGGUCAGCCCUUCUCAAUAAUAGUCCGGUGCUCUAAGGCUCUGACCCCCAAACACCACCUGGAGCUGGUGCUGCACCUCGGUAAGCACGAUGAGGUGGUGAUCAAGGUUCAGAAGGAACGAAGGGCUGGAGACAAGUGGUGGUUCACCCAACAGUGGGUGCAGGACGAAAUCCUGCUGACGCUCCACAGUCCAGCAGACGCCAUCAUUGGCCAGUACCGCAUGGCUGUGCUGGUGAUGUCACCAGAUGGACGCAUCGAAGAGGACAAGAAUGAAGUCCGCUUCUUCCUGCUGUUCAACCCAUUGUGUCGCGAUGAUGUGGUACACCUGCCUGAUGAGUAUAUGCUCCAUGAGUACAUUCGGAAUGAAAAUGGCAUCAUCUACAAUGGCACAUCGAACAACAUCGGCAUGCUUUACUGGAAUUAUGGACAGUUUGAAGACAAGAUCAUGGACAUCUGUUUUGAGAUUCUGGACAACUCCAAUGAUGCUUUAAAGAACUCUAAGAUGGACCUGGACCGCAGGGGUGACCCCGUCUACGUCAGUAGGACGAUCACCGCAAUGGUCAAUGCCGACGAUGACAGGGGUGUGGUGAUAGGGAAAUGGUCGGGGUCAUACUCUGAUGGAACCUCUCCGUCUAGUUGGACUAGCAGUGUCCCAAUCCUACGAGAGUGGAGCAAAGCCGGCGCCAGAGGGGUCAAAUAUGGCCAGUGCUGGGUGUUUGCUGGCGUCGCAUGCACAGUGCUGCGCUGUUUGGGAAUCCCAACUCGCGUCAUCACCAAUUUUAACUCAGCCCAUGACACGCAUAAAAACUUAUCUAUAGAUUACCUGGUGGGCUUUGAAAAUGAAAACCUGGGAGACAGCAUCUGGAACUUUCACGUUUGGGUCGAGUCCUGGAUGAGGAGAGAUGAUCUCCCAAAGGGAAAUGAUGGCUGGCAGGUUUUGGACCCAACCCCUCAAGAACAGAGCGAAUCUGGCAUGUAUUGCUGCGGGCCAUGUCCAGUGAUAGCCAUCAAGGAGGGAGAACUGGGAGCCAAGUAUGAUGCUCCGUUUAUAUUCGCUGAAGUGAAUGCUGACAUCAUCCACUGGAGAAUCCAACCAGAUGGCCAGUGGGGGAAGGUCAUUGUGGACAAGGCACGUGUGGGGAAGAACAUCAGCACCAAAAGUAUCUACGGGGACUACAAAGACGACGUAACUUUAGACUACAAAUAUCCUGAAGGCUCACAGAAGGAGAGAGAAGUGUUUGAGAAGGCAGGGCGUCGGCUCACCCAGCCGAUGUAUGAUAGCAUAGAACCAGCACGACUGAAGCUGCUGGUCAAGCAUGCUAAACCCGUGUUUGGGACAGACUUCGAUGUGAUUGCGGAGGUGAAGAAUGAAGGCGAUAAAGAAGCUCAUGUUAAGCUGACCUUGCAAGUUACAGCUGUAACGUACAACUCUCUCCAACUGGGGGAGUGCCAGAAGCAGAUCAUCAAUGUGACGGUUCCAUCUAACAAAGCCCACAAAGAAGUGAUGCGUCUGCGCUAUGAGGACUAUGCCAUGUGUGCCACUGAGAGUCACCUGCUCAGAGUGAAAGCACUCGUAGAGGGGGAACAAACACCAAUGGUGACUGUGGAUGACAUCCAGCUGAGCAUGCCUGAGCUCAUCGUACAGAUUCCUGGGGAUGCUGUUGUUAGGAAACCGAUAACAGCCUACAUCUCCUUCACCAAUCCUCUUCCUGCCCCUCUGAAGGGAGGCGUGUUCACGGUGGAGGGGGCCGGCCUGCUGUCCACCACUCAGAUUCGUCUUGAUGCUGAUAUUCCAGCUGGCCAGAAGGUGUCAGAGAAGAUUACUUUCUCUCCGGUGAAGCCUGGGAUGAAAAGACUUCUGGUGGAAUUCCACUGUGACAGACUGCACGAUGUAAAGGGAGUCGCCACUGUCAUUGUACGCAAGAAAUCGUUUCAGAUUAAUUACAAUUAAUUAAGUUAAUUAAAUCCCUUUCAUUAGUGGAAACCCUGGGCCAACUGAAGCCUCACAUAUUGAGAUAUGAUAAGAUGGUAUAAGUCUGGUGUUGUUUUGGAUUGAAAAUGAUACCUGGUAAAACAAUGCUUUUUUUCUAAAAGUUCUAAAAGUUCUAAAAAAAUUUGCUUGACUUUUAUUUCAUUGCAGAUGGCAUUAA